AUGGGCAGUUUCUCUGCAACUUUCCGUCAGUUGCUUCUAUGCAUCUUGUCGCUGUAUAUUCUGGCUAAAGAAAUUGAAUCUCUCAGUCCAGAUGGUCAAGCUCUUGCCAACUUUAGGACAGCCAUAACUAGUUCAGAUGGUAUUUUGGAGCAGUGGAGACUAGAGGAUGAGGACCCUUGUAGGUGGAGAGGAAUAACGUGUGACUCGAAAUCGAGAAGAGUUACAACAUUGAGCCUUCCCAAUCACAAGUUAACUGGACAGCUAUCGCCAGAUAUUGGAAAACUAGAAAGUUUGCAGUUCCUUGCUCUUCAUGAUAACAAUUUAUAUGGGCCAAUCCCUCCAGAACUGGGGAACUGCACACAGUUGCAGUCAAUAUUUUUACAGGGUAACUACUUAAGUGGGUCGAUUGCAAGUGAACUCGGGAACCUAUCUCAGCUCGAAAAUUUGGAUUUGUCAAGCAACUCUCUGAGUGGAAGCAUUCCUGCAUCCCUUGGGAAGUUAAGCAAGCUUGUGAAAUUCAAUGUUUCAACAAACUUUCUGGUGGGGCCUAUCUCUUCAGAUGGUGUUCUAGCAAACUUCCAGAAGGAUUCCUUUGUUGGAAACCGGGAUUUAUGUGGCAGACAACUACAAGUAUGCCAGAACAAGGGUAGUGGUUCUUCCCAGCCUACAGAUUCAGCCCAAUCCCAAUCCAAAAAGAAAUAUUCCGGUAAGCUUCUGAUUAGUGCACUGGCCACUGUGGGCGCAUUGCUGAUUAUAGCUCUUAUGUGUUUCUGGGGCUCUUUUCUGUAUAAAAGGCUUGGUAAAAAUGAUGGCAAAGGACUCGCCAUGGAUGUUGGAGGUGCCUCAAUUGUAAUGUUCCAUGGAGACCUUCCAUACUCUUCGAAAGACAUCAUAAAAAAAAUGGAGAGUUUGAACGAAGAGCAUGUUAUUGGUGCCGGUGGCUUUGGAACUGUCUACAAGCUUGUGAUGGAUGAUGGCAAUUUAUUUGCAUUGAAAAGGAUUAUGAAGCUCAAUGAAGGCUUUGAUCGCUUUUUCGAGAGAGAACUUGAAAUUCUUGGAAGCAUCAAACAUAGAUACCUGGUGAAUCUUCGUGGAUACUGCAAUUCCCCGACAUCAAAGUUGUUGAUAUAUGAUUUUUUAUCGGGAGGAAGCCUCGACGAGGCUCUUCAUGAGAGAGGUGAGCAACUAGACUGGGAGACUCGCUUAAAUAUUAUCAUGGGAGCUUCAAAGGGCCUUGCUUACUUGCAUCAUGAUUGUUCCCCUCGAAUAAUUCACAGAGACAUCAAGUCAAGCAACAUUUUGCUGGAUGGAAAUUUUGACGCCAGGGUGUCUGAUUUUGGACUAGCUAAAUUAUUGAAGGAUGAGGAGUCCCAUAUCACGACUAUUGUUGCUGGGACUUUUGGAUAUCUGGCUCCUGAGUAUAUGCAGAGUGGUAGAGCUACUGAGAAGACAGAUGUCUAUAGUUUUGGUGUUCUGGUGCUUGAAAUUGUGAGCGGAAAGCGGCCAACUGAUGCAUCCUUCAUCGAAAAGGGUCUUAACAUUGUUGGAUGGUUAAAUUAUUUAGUUUCCGAAAAUAGACAAAGAGAAAUAGUCGAUCCACACUGUGAAAGAAUUCAUACAGAAAACCUUGAUGCACUGCUCUCAAUUGCGAUCCAAUGUGUUUCUUCAAGCCCUGAGGAUCGACCCACAAUGCACCGGGUCAUUCAAAUUCUAGAAUCUGAGGUCAUGACCCCAUGUCCAAGUGACUUUUACGACUCGAGCUCAGACUAA